AUGGAGGCAAUUGGCUCAACUCCCACUCUGGCGGCGUCUGGCCACACAGAAAAAUCAAAGACCAUGGGAAAAUCACCCUUUACCGAGCAUAAAGGCGCCUUGCUACACAUGUUCUCUUUUCUAAAGACAAUCUAUCUAUUCCCACGUAACGACGUCCCUACCAUGAUUAUUCCGGUCACUUGCCUGGGAACAUGUGCUGCUCUAUCAGUACAAGGCACUCUUACAACCCAUGGGCCGGGCGGGCUCUGGUGGUGGGAGACACUGUGCCGGGUCCCUAAGACAUUCUUAUGGGUCUGGAUGAAUGUCUUACUAUUCUCGAUAUCCAAUCAACGCAGCGAAGAUGCUAUGGUCGAAGAUGCGAUCAAUAAACCCUGGAGGCCUCUACCAGCGGGGCGAAUCAGCCCCUCUCAGGCGCGACGCCUGCUUCUCGCCGGGAUCCCUCUCGUGGUGAGCCUUUGUUACUUGCAUCUUGGGGCCACACAGGAAACAAUUGUUUGCCUACUAUUGACAUGGAUGUAUAAUGACCUUGGGGGCGCCGAUGAGCAUUUCCUGGUACGUAACGGGGUUAAUAGCGCUGCCUACUUUGUGUAUGGCUGUGGGGCGAUGCGCGUCGCCAGCGACUUGUCUCUGAACGAUGCAUUGCAAGCUGGGUUGGUCCAAUGGCUUGGGAUUGUCUCGGCCAUUAUCCUCUCGACCAUGCAUGUGCAAGACCUCAAAGACCAGGAGGGAGACCGGGCACGAGCUCGGAGCACCGCGCCCUUGGCCCUUGGUGAUGUUAUGGCCCGUUGGACGAUCACUGGUGGAGUCUUGGCCUGGUCAAUACUUGCCCCGUUAUAUUGGUUUUCAUCCAUUUCCGUGCCGGCCUCUAGCUGUGGUUAUGGGCUGAUAGCUGCCACCAUUCCCAGCCUUUUCGCAGUCCUCGUCUCUUUCCGAGUCUUGUUAUGGCGUGAUCCCCGUUCAGACACGAUAACUUACAAGUAUUGGAGCAUUUGGCUGAUGUCACUUUUUGCUCUUCCGUUGCUACCACUCGCGAUCUGA